AUGCGGAAGUCGCCGGCCGUGAUGUACCAGCAGGCGGUCUUCGACGAGUCAGGGAACUUCUUGAUCUUUACUUCGUUGGCUGCAUUAAGCAUCAUUGAGCAAGACAGCACAAGUCCCUCUGCAGAGAAAGCCGAUGUCACUCAUGGAUCUUUGAAACGAAACCACGAUGCUCUGCUAGCUGAUAGCUCGCGUCAGCGAGGCAAAGUGGAGCAGACCGAACGCUUCUUGGGGAUCGCCUUAUAUCAGGGGAAGGCGGUGAGGAAGAAGGCCGGGUUGGGCGAGUCCGUCAUUGAAGGUGAGAAUGACCAGAAGGAGUCUGCGGAUCCCAUUGCGAUCGUGACCGCGUACAAAAAGAACAGGUUCUACCUGUUCAGUACUCGAGAGCCACCAGAGACUCGGAGCGAACGCCACGCGAAGUACGGGAAGUACUUGGGCGAAGUAAGAGAAACGACGGCAGAUUUGGGCCGAGACAUCUUCAAUGAGAAGCCAAGCAAGGAAGAUGCAGCUGUUGCCGCCUCUAUCAGGACAGAGAAUCCUUUGGGGAAGCAGGCCACGAUUCAUACCACCAUGGGGGACAUCGUCGUGAAGCUCUUCCACCAGGAGUGUCCGAAGUCGGUGGAGAAUUUCACGGUGCAUUCCAAGAAUGGCUAUUACGACAAUAUCAUCUUCCACCGAGUCAUUCAGGGCUUCAUGAUCCAGACGGGUGACCCCCAGGGCGAUGGCACCGGCGGAGAGAGCAUUUGGGGCGGCGAGUUCGAGGAUGAGUUCCACCGGAACUUGAAGCACGACCGGCCCUUUACCCUCUCCAUGGCCAAUGCAGGGCCCAACACCAAUGGCUCCCAGUUCUUUGUGACCACUGUGCCAUGCCCAUGGCUCGAUGGCAAGCACACGGUCUUCGGCCGCGUUCUACAGGGCAUGGACGUGGUUCAAAACAUUGAGAAGACCCAGACCAACUGCGAUGACAGGCUGUUGCUGUAA